AUGCCAUCAUCCAGGGUGGCAGCAGCAGCAGCAAAUGGUGUGAACUUUUUCACCCAAAACAAAUAUAGUGCACCAAUAGAUGAUGACGAAGACGAGGAGGAAGUAGGUCACCAUCAAGCACUACCAACUAACGAUGUUCAAAGUUCUUUAAAUUCAGUUCUUUCAGAAGAUCAACUUCGUGCAAAUCGUGAAGAGCUUUUUAGAUUAAACCUUAAGGUUAUUCAAAAGCUUGUAAGGGUUUACAAGGGUGAUUUCAACGUUGGUAUAGAAAUUCCAUCAAGUAAAAAAGGUGAAUACUGUGAUAUUUUAUGCAAAAAUCAUUCAGAAGCCCUUUUACGUUAUCACUUUUAUAAUAUUCACGAAGAAAUUAAAAAUCAAGACGAAAUUGACAGAAAUGCACCAGUCACUAUUUAUCAAAAUCCGAGUGAUGCAAAUGAAGGUACCAUGGUUUUAGUUUUUUGUAAAGAUUUUAAUUUGGAGUUAAAAAGCUUAUCACUUUAUUUUGUGGACGAAACAACCAAUCGUAUUGUGUUUGUUUUCAAACAUGGUAUUGAAAGCUCAGAUAGAAAUAUAGUAAGAGUUUUAGAUCACCAAGGUAAUAUUCUUUCAAGUGUUGUCAAAAUUUCAAUUCCCUAUGUCAAAACUUUAUUAAAUAAACCAGCAAACUCCUCUCCAGUUGAAAUUAGAUUUCUUACAUUUACAUCCCAUCACGAUCUAGGUAAAGAAGGUGAUUUAUGGUACCAGCCAGAGGAAUAUUCAUUGGAUCAAGGCAGAGUUAAAAAAGUUAUAAAGUUUAUACAACCAGGCUUCAAAUUAAAAUUAAUUUCAAAAUAA